GGAGGAGGUGUGGUGUGGAGGGUUGAGGAGCCACGGGGGCCAAUGGAACAGAGAGAUGCUGGAGCCUCAGUUCCUCCUUCUCAGUCCCGGGUAGAGAAGUCAGUCUGCUGCCUGCCACGAGACUCGUCAUCUGGGCUGAACAUGAAGCACUUGUGGCAGAUUUUUGUCCUGUGGGGCUUCUGGGUGCUCAUCUUGUGGCUGAUGGCCCCCUGCCUGGAUCCAAAACCUGAAUCGGCACCCCAGGUCUUGGUACUGGGGCAUUGCAACUGCCCUUGGUUCAAAUUCAGGAAGAGUGGCUGCCCAUCUGAAACACUAAACUCCUCCCUCUGCUACCACAGAGUUCAAGAAUGGGGCUGGUAUGCUGAAUGCUAUGGGAAGAUGAUGGAGUACCUGAAGAGGGCAACAGAGUCCAGGACUCCUCAUGCUGUGCUCUGGUGGCUGGGCAUGAACUCAGCAAGUGGUUUUGGCAAAAUGUGGAAAAAGGUGUUCAAGGGGAUUCUCAGACUCUCAGUGAGCCAUUUCCAUUUCUACUGUGGGACUCGUACUUUGGUGGGGAACUCCAAGAUCCUGCGGGCCUCCGGCCUUGGCAACAAUAUCAACCAGUGGACCCUAGCCUUCGGGAUGAACCAGGGCCCUGUCCAGAGCCUUGAAAAGGUGGGGAACCAAACCAUAGGAUGCUUCAUCUAUCCUGGGAAUGCCAGCAGCCAGGGCUCUUGGAGACAGCUGCUGCUGCUGCUGCUGCUGCUGCUGCUGCUGCUGCUGAAGCUUUCUGGUCUGGCGUGGACUUCAGAUGCUCCAAGUGAGGAGGAUGCCUGCUUUGGAUUUGGAUCAGAAAAGCAAAGAAAGGGGUGCAAUGACUGUUAAUCAGACCAAUGAUUACAAGGAGAUUUUGUCCAUGCAGAGCAUGGAAGCAGAAAUGGAAGUCAGCUACAGUGUGUUGGGCAAGCUCACUGUCCACACGUGACACCCUGCACAGUUCAUGCAAGUCCUAGUCCUUUGGACCUCAACAAAGCAGGUUGUUGGGAUGACAGCAGCAGCAGCGGGGGUAACAGGUAAAAAGAAAUUAUAUGGAGAUCAGUCUGGUGCUGAAUAAAAUUCUGGUCGUA